AUGGAUCCAGCAGUCGCUCCAGCAGUCUCUCCCACAGUUGUCAGCAACCAGGCCCUCAGAAGUUUCCUUGCCUCGAUAUUUCAGGAAGGCCAGUCCAUCGAGAGGUACGUGAGGGAUUUUAUGUCGUGCUGUCGUCUGGGGGCUUUAGACGACCUCGAGCUCAUGGACUUGUUUUGGAGCGGGUUGGACGAGGACGUUGCCCAGUUAAUGCCGGAUGACUGUACCAGCUGGACCCUGGAGGGGUAUGUCAACCUGGCCCUCUUCAGGAGCGGUUCAUCAUUUACUGUGGGCGUGGAGGAGAAGAAGCGGCGAGAGACCGCGCUUCACUUCAGCUCAGCCGAACCCGCGCUCCUAAAGCCCACGCUUCACGUCUGCUCAGCCGAACCCGCGCUGCACGUCUGCUCCGCCAAACCCACUCUUCGUGUCGGACCCCUCGAGCCCGUAUUCCGCACUGGUCCUGUUGAUUUUGCUAAUCCAGAAACCGCGGCGGAGGUUUCGCCAGCCGAACCGGAGUUUGAACGCGUGCCAGCCGGCGCGAACGAGUCAAUCGAGAUCACAGACAUGGACAUCAAUGAACAGAGGGCAGAGAGGGGAAAAAGUGGAGAUUUCUUGCUCUUUCUCUGCAGGUAUGGAGACAUGGUCCCGAAGACCAUAGCAGGGAAGAUCUUUGGCUCCAUCUGUUCCCUCAGUGGGGUGCUGGUCAUCGCUCUGCCUGUUCCCGUCAUCGUUUCCAACUUCAGUCGCAUCUACCAUCAGAACCAGAGGGCUGACAAGCGUCGGGCUCAGAAAGUUCAGAAAGCCCGACUGGCCCGAAUGAGAAUUUCCAAGGCUGGCAGCUCUACAGCCUUCCUGCAUAGCAAAAGAAAUGGACUCAACCAAUCACUGGAGCUAACGCAGCUUCCCUAUUACAAGAUGAAACUUUCACCACAGGGCUCCUUAGAGGAGGACCAGCAACUGAAAAAGACCACAUCUCUGCUGGAGAGUCAACAUCACCAUCUUCUGCACUGCCUAGAGAAGACUACGAAUCAUGAGUUUGUGGACGAGCGUCUGUAUGAACAGGGGUACCUCCAGACAGCCCUGCAGAACUUCCCAUCGCAGAGUCCAUCUCUCUCCAGUGAAGAGGGCGUCACGGGCACCUGCUGCUCUCGGAGAACCAAUAAGAACAUCCAGGCUCUCAAUGCCACACACACACACUCACACACGCACAACCUACAGGAGCUUAGCGCCUUACACAUCCAUUGUGGGGAACAGCAACCACUCAACACCAGUCGUUCCAGUCUCAAUCUGAUGUCGGAUGAAUCAGGGAGUCUAAACUGCAAGAGCAGUGGACUGGUUACCACGGCAAUCAUCAGUAUCCCAACCCCUCCCUCAAACAACUCUCGAGCCAAUCCCGACGCUCCUCCCCCUCCGAACCCAGAUGCUCCGCCUCGUCCGAACACUGGCUCUGAUGUGGUGAAAAUCUCUGCUCUGUAGAAAACAGAACUCAGGAAGAGAAACUGAUGAGUAGCCUGCCCCCUAGUGGGAGAAGGAGUGCACUGACUCAGACUC